GCGGAGCCUUCAACCUCAAGCAUAACUUCGGAGAGCCUCGAACACAGCGCACCGUUGCCUCCGGAGAAGCCACAGCCACGGCCCCUCACGGCGAGAGGAGAUGAAGAGGAGGGUGCACAAGAAAUAUUUGAUACUGAUUCUCGCGUACUCGGGUCUACUUCUGCUUGUGCCGUACGUGCUCGACUACCGGGACAAAUCUGUUGAACACGGCAGACACGGACUGCCGCAGCAACAGUCGAGAUGCCCGGAUUUGGCGAACACGGUGGCGAUGCUGUGGGAUAAUAACGGAGUGAACUCGAGCGACGCAUCGUCCACGGAGCCCGCGGGGAACCGGAGCCAGUCUCGUAUACACAUCUACCUCCAUGCCACCUGGAGAACUGGUUCGUCUUUUCUGGGGGAGCUUUUCAACCAGCACCCCGAUGUUUUCUACCUGUACGAGCCAAUGUGGCACAUCUGGCAAGCUUUGUAUCCAGGAGACGCAGGGAGCCUUCAGGGCGCAGUGAGGGACAUGUUGAACGCUUUGUAUCGCUGCGACUUCUCCGUACUCAAACUUUACGCAGGGACACAAAACAUAAGCACAUCAUUUAUAUUUGGGUGGAAAAUGAACAAAGUGAUCUGCUCAGAGCCGCUCUGUGACGCACACAAGAGGCACGAGGUCGGGCUGGUGAGACAAGAUCUGUGCGCAAAGUGCCAAAAGAAGGACAUUCGGGAGCUGGAGAAGGAGUGUAAGAAGUACCCGGUGAUGGUUAUCAAAGGGGUGCGCGUCCUGGACCUUAGCACCCUGGUGCCUUUGGUGAAAGACCCCGCGAUAAACCUCCAGAUAGUGCAGCUCUUCAGAGACCCCCGAGCCGUGCACAACUCCCGGCUCAAGUCCAAGCAGGCCCUGGUGAAGGAGAGCAUCCAGGUACUAAGGAGUAAGAAGCAAAAUGACAAGUACAAGCGUCUUCUGGUACCAAACAGGGUAAAUCGUGCUGAGAGCUAUGUGUCCAGCGCUAUGGAGCUAAUUUGCGAUAACUGGCUCAACGACAUGUUCUUGGUCACCAACUCUCCCCAGUGGCUGAAGCGGAACUAUAUCAAAAUCCGCUACGAAGACCUGGUCAUGCGCCCGAUGGAAGAGCUUCAAAGAUUGUAUCGUUUCUCCAACCUGUCCACCAAUGCAGCUCUAGAUAAGUUUGCUUUGAACAUGACUCAUGGACAGGGGUAUUCCUCGGACAGGCCGUUCUUGAUUUCUUCUAGGGAUGCAAAAGAGGCCAUUUUUGCAUGGAGAGAGAGGUUGAACAUUGAGCAGAUCAGUCAGGUGGAGGCAUUCUGUAGUGAAGUGAUGAGGCACCUUGGCUAUCAGAAGCACAGCACGGACAAGAAGACGUGAGCUGUCGUCAGGGGUACACCACUACAAAAGUCAUGGACACAGAGUUACAGUGUUAAACUUUAUUGGACAGUAAUGUGGCUGAUAUAACAGAGGAGGGUAGGGGUUGCUUUGUGCCGCUGCUCUGGUCCUGCCUCUGUCCUUCUGUCCUUUUAGUAGCACUAAUCCCUUUUUAAAUCCGUUGUGGUCGACGCCAGGAAAAACCCAGUAUGGAUUUUCCAGAAAACAACCCGGACCACUGAUCCGUCCAAAAUGGAGCAACUGUGGUACUGGUACUGAAUUUGCUUAUUAAAAGCGUUACAUACAUCACAAAAUGUACUUUUUGGGAUGGACAUGGCAAAUCAAUGAGCUCCUAUUGUGCAGUGAUUAUAGUGACUGCAUCAGUGGCUUUUACAUCUAAUGCCCUUACUAAGGCAACCAAUUUAUUCUGGCUUGGGAUCGAAGCCUGUUGCAGAUGCUUAGUGGCUGAAUUAAACCGUUACAGCUCUCUUAAUAUUGGUCCUAUUCCUCCUACCACAAUUUAUCUGCCUCCUAUUGUGCACUGUUUUGCAUAGCGUUUAAUGCUGGUGGAGAACCUAGUGACCCCCAGUCAAACUUUGUCCAAACAUAGUCAAUAAUAAGCUGAACAAUAAAUAAGGAUAACAAAUUAUUAUCUUUGCUUCUUCAAGUAUCAUGUGCAUGUAAAAGUAUUCAGUAAAGGCAAAAUAAAACGGAAUACAUUACACUCACUGUAAAAUAGUAUCAGCAGAAAUCUAUGGGAAAGCUGCUCAGUUUAUCCAGGUUUAGGACCAGCUCUGAAAGUCCGAUAGCUCAAAGUUACAGUUCAGUGUUUGAAUGAAGUACAACAGGCUCUUUGGAGAAACUGCAUUGUUGGGAAGCACACCCCCGGCUUCUGAGGAAUCCGGACAGCUGCGGCACCCCGCUGACAAAACGCUCACGUGGGUGUGAAGUGUCCAACAAACAUGGCUCAGAACGCUGCUCCUGUCCUCCAAGACUUUAUAGACUGUGAAACAUUUUUUAUUAACAUUAUGUAAUAUGUUUUUUAAUUUAAUGAUAUGCUGUGAAUGUGAAUCCCUCUGGUGUAUGAAGUGUUGUGGAGGGGUCUCCCAGCAUCAAUGCAUUCAACUUUAGAAGUUGGUUCAGUAAUGGUUUGGAAACCCAAUGUGUUUCUCUUGAAAUAUAUAAUGAAAUAACUUUUAGACUAUUUAAACUGACUUUAAUAAAUGAGUUGGCAACAAAA